ACACCAUCUUUCAUCAGUGAAUGCAGCGUGAUGGAGGUGUGCGGCUCUUCAAAUGCUACUCUCAGGGAGUUUGGAUGCGAACAGACCUUACUGUCUCGGCCUGACGGCUCGGCAUCAUUCAUUCAAGGAGACACAAGUAUAUUGGCUGGAGUGUACGGACCAGCCGAGGUCAAAGUCAGUAAGGAAAUCUAUGACCGUGCAACACUGGAGGUGCUGAUACAACCCAAAGUUGGACUCCCUGGUGUAAGGGAGCGAUCGCAGGAGCAGUGUGUGAGAGAGACCUGUGAAGCGUCUCUCCUCUUGUCCCUCCACCCUCGCUCCUCCCUCACUCUCAUUCUCCAGGUGGUACAUGAUGAUGGUUCACUGUUAUCAUGCUCUCUGAAUGCAGCCUGUAUGGCUCUGAUGGAUGCAGGUCUGCCCAUGAGCUGCCUGUUUUGUGGAGUUACCUGUGCCAUUGAUGCAGAAGGUCAAAUCAUCACAGACCCCACAGCAGCACAGGAAAAGGAAAGUCGAGCUUUAAUGACAUUUGCAAUCGACAGCAAAGAGCGCAGAGUGUUGAUGUCAGUAACCAAAGGAUCAUAUUCAGUUAAUGAGCUGCAGCAGUGUAUAGCAGUCAGCCAGAAAGCUUCAGAGAAGAUCUUCCAGUUUUACAGAGACUCUGUCAAGCGGCGAUAUUCCAAAAACCUCUGAUGAAGAGGCAGAUCUCUUUUUAUACUUGUCUUUUUCCCCCAAAAAAUCUGAUAUUGUAAUAAAAUAUUAAGAAAUUG